UUCUAAAUGUCUUUAAAAUUAUUUCAGACAUAAGCAAAGAAGAUUUUAAAACAAUUAAUUCCGAUUUCAAGAGCACCUUAUCGCCCGGAUGUUUAUCAAAAAUAUCAAAAAUGUCAAUCACAGUCGAGGAAUUGCGAUCUUUAUAUUUCGGUGAUAAAGCACUGUCAGAAGAAACUCUAAUGAAUUACGUUGAUUUUCUCAGUGACGUAUUCUUCUGUCGCAGUAUAAUGGAAGUAGUGGAUAUUCAGACAAAAUUGAAUAAUAAUAAUAAAGCGACGUAUCUGUAUCAAUUUUCAUACGAGAGUGAAACUUCUCCCAUGAGAAAAAUAUUUGAUAUUCGGAUUCCAGGUGUGUCUCAUUCGGAGGAUCUGGGGUAUUUGUUUUAUUCUAGUAUAAUGAAAAAUUUCGGCUUGUCACCACUUGCAGUUGAUUCAGAAGACUAUAAGAUGAUGAAUGGUUUAACGCAAAUGUGGACAGAUUUUGCUAAAACAGGGAACCCAACGCCUAUUACAAAUUUCUGGUUGCCGGUGACCGGUUCACAAAGCGGAAAAUACAAUUACCUGAAUAUCGAUACAAAUUCGCAAAUGAAAGUCUUUUCUAAAGGAGAAGAAAGAUGGGAUUGGGAAGAGAAGAAGAAUAAGUUAUAGCGCUAAAAUUUUAUCUACGUUAACAUUUUU